CCAAUCGGCGAGAGACAACAGAAGAGAGCCAAUGAGUCCGUCUAUAUAUACACCAUCCAACCCCAUCGAGCUGAGCCAAGAAAUGCACACAGCUUAGUUGCUCACACGCAUGCAAUACUACGGUCCGCCUAGCCAUGGCGAAGCCUCGCAAGCCCAAAAACGACGACGCUAAGCCCGAAAGUACCGGAGCCCUAGUUCGCCACCAAAAGCUUUGCAUCUCCAUCGAUAUCGAUCGGCGCCAAAUCUACGGGCAUACGGAGUUGGAAAUUGCGGUGCCGGAGAUUGGAAUUGUAGGGUUACACGCGGAGAAUUUGGGGAUUGGGAGUGUUUUGGUAGACGGAGAGGCGGCGGACUUCGAAUACUACCCGCGCCAGCAGCACGUGGAGAGCGAGAAGAGGUGGAGCGCGGUGUCGACGCUAAGUUCUGCGGCGGAUGCGGCUGGAGCGGCAUAUGUAUCGGCGCUUGAGAGGGAAUUGGUCCCCAAUUUGUUGAUUAAUUGCUGUAAGGGCUUCAAGAGUGGGAGUGAUCAGCAGGCCGUGGCGGAGAACGGGUUUCAUUCGUCCGGCGAGACUAAGCAGCAGAAUGUGAGAUUGGUUCGUAUUGAGUAUUGGGUAGAGAAGGCAGAGACGGGGAUUCACUUCAAGAAUAAUGUGCUACUUACUGAUAACCAGAUAAGGCGUGCACGCUGCUGGUUCCCUUGUAUGGAUGACAGUUCACAGCGCUGCUGCUAUGAUUUAGAGUUUACGGUUGCGCAAAAUCUUGUGGCUGUCAGCAAUGGAACCUUGCUAUACCAGGUUUUGAGCAAGGAUAAUCCCCCUCGGAAAACAUACGUAUAUAAAUUAAACGUUCCAGUUGCUGCUCAGUGGAUAUCUGUGGCAGUUGCACCAUUUGAAAUCCUUCUGGAUCGCCACUCUACAUGCAUAACGCAUAUGUGUUUGUCUGCUAAUAUGUCCAAGCUUCAGAAUACUGUGGAAUUUUUUCACAGUGCAUUCAGCUGUUACAAGGAUUACCUUUCGAUGGACUUUCCAUUUGAGUCAUACAAGCAAGUUUUUGUAGAGCCUGAGAUGGCAGUAUCCUCACUAAGUUUGGGGGCUUCUAUGAGCAUCUUUAGUUCUCAAGCAUUAUUUGAUGAGAAGGUUAUUGAUCAGACCAUAGAUACAAGGAUUAAACUUGCUUAUGCCCUUGCAAGACAGUGGUUUGGUGUAUAUAUCACUCCUGAGGCACCAAAUGAUGGAUGGCUGUUGGAUGGUCUUGCUGGUUUCUUGACUGAUUACUUUAUCAAGAAAAAUUUGGGGAAUAAUGAAGCACGUUAUCGGCGAUACAAGGCAAAUUGUGCUGUUUGCAAGGCCGAUGAUAGUGGUGCAACUGCUUUGAGUCUCUCCGCAUCUUGUAAGGAUUUGUAUGGGACCCAGUGCAUUGGCCUAUAUGGCAAAAUAAGAUCGUGGAAAUCUGUUGCAAUCAUUCAAAUGUUGGAAAAGCAGAUGGGGCCAGAGUCUUUCCGCAAUAUUUUGCAGACAAUAGUGUCUCGGGCUCAGGAUGCAACUCGUACUUCAAGAUCUCUCAGUACGAAGGAGUUCCGGCAUUUGGCUAACAAGGUUGGAAAUCUUGAGCGUCCUUUUCUUAAAGAAUUUUUUCCUAGGUGGGUUGGAUCUUGUGGGUGUCCAGAUCUAAGGAUGGGGUUCUCCUAUAACAAACGGAAGAAUAUGGUUGAAUUGGCGGUGUUACGGGGAUGCACAGCUUCACCAGAUUCCAGCGCAUCAGUUCUGAAUGUUAAUGCAGAUUCGGAAAACAGAGAUGGUGACAUUGGUUGGCCUGGGAUGAUGAGUAUCAGAGUUUAUGAGCUUGAUGGUAUGUAUGACCAUCCAAUUCUGCCAAUGGCUGGAGAUACAUGGCAGUUAUUGGAAAUACAAUGCCAUUCCAAGCUUGCUGCCAGGCGCUUCCAGAAGCCCAAAAAGGGUUCAAAACCUGAUGGAUCUGACGACAAUGGUGACGUUAUACCUGCUCUAGAUAUGCGCUCCAGUUCGGAAUCCCCCUUGUUAUGGAUGAGAGCAGACCCUGAAAUGGAAUACCUUGCUGAAAUUCAUUUUAAUCAACCUAUACAGAUGUGGAUUAAUCAGUUAGAGAAGGACAGGGAUGUUAUUGCUCAGGCACAAGCAAUUGCAACUCUAGAGGCGUUGCCACAACUUUCAUUUUCUGUUGUUAAUGCCCUGAAUACUUUCCUCACCGACUCUAAGGCCUUCUGGAGACUUCGAAUUGAGGCUGCUUUUGCAUUAGCUAAUUCGGCAUCUGAGGAAACUGAUUGGGCUGGUUUAACUCAUUUGGUGAAAUUUUAUAAAAGUAGGAGAUUUGAUGCAAACAUUGGACUGCCCAAGCCAAAUGACUUUCAUGACUUUCCCGAGUACUUUGUUCUUGAGGCCAUCCCACAUGCUGUAGCUAUGGUCAGAGCUGCAGACAAGAAAAGUCCAAGAGAAGCUGUUGAGUUUGUUUUACAACUUUUGAAGUAUAAUGACAACAAUGGGAAUCCUUACUCUGAUGUAUUCUGGCUUGCUGCACUAGUCCAGGCAGUUGGUGAACUUGAAUUUGGGCAACAGAGUAUUCUAUUUUUAACUUCUCUUCUCAAGCGCAUCGACCGGCUUUUGCAAUUUGACAGGCUGAUGCCUAGCCACAAUGGGAUCUUAACAGUGAGCUGUAUCCGGACCUUGACACAGAUUGCGUUAAAGCUUUCUGAGUUCAUACCUCUUGAUCGUGUUGUUGAACUUAUAAGACCUUUUCGAGAUUUCAAGACAAUAUGGCAAGUUCGAAUUGAAGCAAGCAGGGCGCUUCUUGAUCUAGAGUUCCACUGCAAGGGCAUUGAUGCCGUGUUAUCAUUGUUUAUCAAAUAUAUAGAGGAAGAGCCAUCUUUAAGAGGGCAGAUGAAAUUGGGUGUACAUGCUAUGCGGCUAUGUCAGAUAAGUGGUGGAUCUAAUUCUAAUGACAACAUAAAGAGCCACGUUCUUGUGUCUUUACUUUGUCUACUUGAUGGCCAUAUUGCGUUCAACAAUGUCUUUCUUCGCCACCACCUAUUCUGCAUUAUACAAAUCCUUGCAGGAAGGCCUCCAACUCUCUAUGGAGUACCCAGAGAAACUAGAACGUUGCUUAUGGGUGAUCCAGAAACCUGCAUUGAACAGAAGAACAUUUUUUCUAAUCUAGUUCCUGAAGUUAAACCUCCAGAACUACCUUCUGAUAUCCCUAAUCCUCCAGAAACAACUUCUCACACCCCACAUCCUUCUGAACCACCUCCUGACAUCCCGAACACUUCACACGAUGUUUUGGCCAUUCCGCAAGCUUCCAAGGAGGCAGAUACUGUUUCUAGCGGUCAUGAACGGAAGAUGCCAUCUAUUAAGAUCAGAGUUAAGCAAUCUGCUGCCACCAGUAGAACUGAGGAGGCCGAUAACCAAACUGUUGAAAAAUCUCAUGGUGAGCGACACGAAAGGGCUAGCAGUUCUGUUUCUGUGGAUGCACCCCAAAGGAAUUUUGCCGAGGCUGUGAGCAUUAGCAACCAAAAUCUUGAGGAAGUUAACUCAUGUCAUGAUCGUGGGUCCCGAAUGACUGCCAGCAUUGGUAGUGCAAAACCUGCAAGUGACGGUGACGAAAUUGGAAAAGAACUCCAGUGCACUGCUGAUUCGAGCAAAGUUUCUGUACAACCCGAGGCUGAUAUUCCAUUACCAUCCAGCUUCAUUCACGAUAACAGUGUAGAUGCUGAAGCUCACAAAUAUGCAUCUCUUCAAUCUCUUUGUAGACCUGGUCUUGAUGGCGGUUCGCUUGGCAUAACUGAUUCUUCUCUGCAUGGGAAAGAGAAGAAGGAGAAGAAGAAAGACAAGGAGAAGAAAAGGAAGCGGGAAGAAAAUAAAGGGCACCGAGAUAACCCUGAGUAUUUGGAAAAGAAGCGUUUGAAGAAGCAGAAAAAGCAGAAAGAAAAGGAGUUGGCGAAGCUGCUGAGUAAGGAGACAAAUGCAUCUUCAGUAGAACCUAAACUUAAGUUGGCAUCUGGGCAUUUGAAUCCAAUUGAACCCAAGGGAUCCGACAGCAUGACCAAGAGGGUUGAUGUCAAGCCUGAGGCAUCAGAAGGCACUUCUGCUGCUCCGAAAAUCCGAAUCAAAAUAAAAAAAUCGAACGCUUAACAAGUCAUAGAGCUUGCAUUUUGUGCUUUUGUUUAUACAUUCUUCACCUCCGGCAUUGUCUACACGAAGAGCGUUAAUGCGAGGGAUGGCUUGUAUUGACACAAAUUGUUGUUCAAUUAGAUGCAUUUUUGUUUGCUGUUUCUUCUUCGAAUGAAUCAUUUCACGUAUAUCAUUUGUUA